AUGCUUGACAUCGGCGCAGUACCUCCUGCGCGUUUCACACUAAUGCAACCUGCUGAUGGCGCUAAAUGUAGAGGCUUGAAGAAUCCUACGCUAUUCAUAUUAGCUACAGCUUGCGAAUAUGCACCAAAAUUUUCUUACUCAAUUGACAUCGCUCGUUCAGCCCUGCAGUACUUACCAGUUUGGAAGGAGAAUAUCUUCGAGGGGAAAGUUGUCUUCUGUACUGGAGGCAAUGGUUCGAUCUGUUCAGUCCAGGUUCGCGCCUUAGUGCAUUUAGGAGCCAAUGCAUGCUUGGUCGGUCGUAAAGUCGAGAAAACGGAAUCCGUGGCCAGUGAUAUAGCUGCUGUACGACCGGGAAGCAAAGUUCUAGGCAUUGGGGGCGUAGACGUCAGGCACGCAAAGAGCCUCAGCAGAGCUGUGGAAACCUGCGUUCGGGAGCUUGGAGGAAUUGAUUUUUUAAUCGCUGGGGCGGCCGGAAACUUUCUUGCGCCGAUUUCACAACUCUCUUUCAAUGCUUUCAAGGCUGUUAUAGAUAUCGAUGUCCUCGGUUCCUACAGCGUAACGAAACUCGCCCUUCCUUAUCUAAUUGCUUCGGCGAAAAAGCACGCAAAAUCAACCUCCGCUCCGGGAGGCAGGAUCAUUUAUGUGUCCGCCACGAUACACUUCACAGGGUUGCCCAUGCAAAGCCAUGUUUCAGCUGCGAAAGCUGGAGUCGAUGCGCUAUCAAACAGUGUGGCUAUCGAGUACGGGCCGUAUGGGAUAACAUCGAAUGUUAUCUGCCCUGGCGCCAUCGCUGGAACUGAGGGAAUGAGCCGCCUCUCAAAAAAGAUGGACAGCAGAGAGGUGAUGGUGGACCGUGUACCCUUAGGUCGGCUAGGGAACAGUUUGGACAUUGCUGAUGCAACUAUUUUUUUAUUCAGCGGAGCAGCGAGUUAUAUUACUGGAACGAGCAUCGUUGUAGAUGGUGGAGCGUGGCGUACACAUGCCCUCCAACCGGGUCAGGAUUUUGAGUAUCCUGGCUUUCUUCUGAGCGGAGACACAGUGGAGGGUGUAGGCGGGCAGAAAAGGGCCAAAAUCUAG